GGCGCAUCUCAAAGACUCAGAGGGAGUCCUCGUGCUUCGGUGCAUAACAGUGACUGAUGAAUUUAUAGUUUAAAAUGUUGAUUUCGAACGGAAGUGGUUUGAGUGCGGCCGGAAACGACUUUUCUAGUGUGGCAGCCCUGUCGGGGUGUUGUCCUGUUCCUGUCACUCCUGCGGCUCGUUCCGCGAUCGUCAACUGGAAAAUGGAUUCCGUCGGACUGGCGGCCCCGAAUACGGCGCCCAACGUACUGCCACCGACGGCCUUGCCUCUGUCCCCCACAGUGUCAUCAUCGUCUGCCGCUAUCCCUAGUUCAGUAUCUGCCCCAUCGUCGGCAUCAAUACCGACGUCCCUCGGUCCUGCUGCUCUUCGGGAGUUGUACGGUAAUAGCGCAGCGACUCCUGGUCAUCCCUUAGCAUCUUUAGUAUCUCAACAACGGUUCCUGGAAUUAUCCAGGUUCGGACUAAGGCACUACGAUUUAGCUCAGCAUAUGCUCACGCAACAGGGAGCAGUGACGAAGCUGCUGGGAACUCUGAGGCCGCCAGGAUUGAUAGGAGGCAGUAAGCCAAAAGUAGCCACUCCUGCAGUGGUAUCAAAAAUCGAACAGUACAAACGGGAAAAUCCUACGAUAUUUGCCUGGGAAAUUAGGGAGCGACUGAUAUCUGAAGGAGUCUGCACCAACGCUACAGCUCCUUCAGUAAGCAGCAUCAACAGAAUUCUCCGCAACCGAGCAGCAGAACGCGCUGCUGCCGAGUUUGCCCGGGCAGCUGGUUAUGGUCUCUACCACCCGCAUCCCUAUGCCACGGCUGGAUUCCCAUGGCACUCUCCCCUCUGGCCUAAUGGUCCUCUUGGUUUACCUGGUCCUCCUGGAUCGGGGAAUCCCACUGUAAUGUCCGCCUCCCCCGUUUCCUCUGGCUCGCCGCAUCCAGACAGCGGACUUUUGAGUUCGCCUCCAGGAACAAAUUUAGAUAAGGAUGAUUCUAGUCUCGAUAGUUCAGAACAACCGAAAUUUAGACGAAAUCGAACGACUUUUAGUCCGGAUCAGUUAGAGGAACUAGAAAAGGAGUUUGAGAAAAGUCAUUAUCCGUGUGUUUCGACGAGGGAACGGUUAGCAUCCAAGACGUCGCUUUCUGAGGCUAGAGUUCAGGUUUGGUUUUCUAACAGACGGGCCAAAUGGAGACGACAUCAGCGGAUGAAUCUCCUGAAGCAGUCCGACGGUCCGGGAGGUGGACCUCAAGGAGCUCCCUCGAGUCAGUCUUCAAUGUUUGGCGCCCGUCUGACCCCCUCCCCUCACUACAAGGGCGGUUCCACCCCUGGGUCACCGCUUACUACCCAUCUCACCCCACAUUCCGCGGCUUCGUCCCUGCUCCUGGGAAUGGGAGGAGAAAAUAGCGCCUUCAAAGCUUUGGUACCGAAUGCUUUAAUGUCUGAGAGGUUAAGAAGACUAAGCGACUACGCCUCUGACUCCGAGGAAGAGAUAAACGUCAACGACGAAUCGGACUUGGAGGAGCCCAUGGAGAGGAUAUCUCGAUCUUCGAGCCCCGUAGAAGUCGUGGAUGUACUGGCAGCCUCAGCGAAGGAUCCACCUACGUGUCAACCGUUACAACUCACCAUGCACAAUCGAGACUAGCGAACAAGUAAUACCGUGUUUUUAGGAAAAUAAAAUAGAAAGAGCCACAAUUUUUUUUAGUUUGAGUUUCCUGUGUAAUUGAGUUAUUUUUACUCAUUUGGCAUAAUAUUAAGAACAAAUAGUAUUGUAUUUAUGUCCUUUUCAGACUGAGCGUUUAAAAACUGUAUGUGCAAGGUUUAUUUCUUUCAAUUCUAGUCAAAAAAUAUAUACCUAUUCUUCAAAUUUUUGAAUUGUCUUUGUAGAUGUGUUUAACCUUGAAAUGAAGAUGCCUCAUAUUUUGUGUUUUUAAUACACUGACCCACAAAAGUAACCGGACACUUAGUUUAUUUUAAAACUAAAAUAAAAAGUAUCAGAAGUACCUACUUCAAUUCCAAGAAAUUAUUUUUAUUGUAUUUUCAAUAACAAACCAUAAUAGAAAACAAAUUCCAAAAUAUUGAUUAUUAUCAAAAAUAUAUAAUAGUAGGGGAGCAAAGUAUGCUAAAUGUGCAGUAACUCGAGCGCUUUGGGGACCUAUUGGGUUGUGAAGAGUAGGUCCUAAAACCAAAAAAAUUUAAGUAAAGUUUUCUAUUUUAGUGGGCGCUUGCCAUGUUUUAAUUUAAUUUUCCAUUUCCAACAAUCGUUUUUCUGAUUAUAACGCCAUCUAUCCAUAACUCGAAAAAAUGUUUCGAAUAAAAGUUACUUAUUUUUACGUAAGGAAUCAAAAUCUGCAAUAAAAAAUGGGGGCUCCUAUUUAAGAUUUUAAAGUAACCCCCCACCCCACCUCCCUGGGGGGUCGUGUAUGGUGCCAUUCGAUAGAUUCUUCAAAAUAUUGAGUAAGUGUAUUUUACAAUUUUUCGAUCUGAUGUUUAUUUCGCGAAAUAUCGCGGGAUUCGUAUUUAAAAUAGGUAUUAAAUUUAACCCCCACCCCUCUCCGUGUGACAUCGUGUUUGGUAUCAUUCGAUAGAUUUUUGAAAAAUAUUGAGCACAUAUUUUUUAGUUUUUUGAUCUGUCAUUCAUUUCGCGAAAUAUGCGCUUUUUUCUUCUGAAACUUUGGGACUCACCCAUUUCCUUACGCCCGGCUCAAAUCGUCAGAUUUUUGAAAUAUACACUCUUUUGCAUGCACUUAAGUUACCUUAUCUUAAUUUGACAAUUUCGACUUUUUUAAGGAUAGAUUUUUUUUCUGGCCCCCCUUAACGAACUCCCCUGUGCUAAGAGCCAAUGUAUGGUAGAGGUACAUCUGUAGGGUACCAGGUUUCUCCCCAUAUGAUAAUCUGACGCGCUCGAGUAACUGCAAAAAUCCCCGCUUGGGCUCCCCUACCAUAAUACUAAUAUAACAAAAAAUAAAAAUUGGUAAAAAUUUUUUAAUCCGGAGUAAAACAUUUUUCAAAUUAAAAUCAUAAAAUAUUUCUAAAAUAUGGAUAAUAAAAUCAUAUAUUUCCUCCUCGAGCUCGAAUUAUAGCUCUCAUCCUUUUUAGCAUCAUGAAUCAAAGCAAUCUCGUUUGGCGGUAUUUGUUCCCACUCGUUUAUUAGCCCUGUUUUAACGUUAUCACAGUUUCAAAUUUGCAAAAAUUUUGUAAAACCACGAUUCCUAAAUUGUUCCGUAAAUGCUAUAUCGGAUUAAGGUCUGGAAUGCUAGAAGUCCAGGUUAGUAACGGAAUACCAACCAACAUCCGUAAAGUAUUACAUUGUUAUCGUAGAUCGUAGCUAUCUGCAGCCGAGGCAUUAUCCUCCAUUAGGAGAAAUUUUUACCUACAAAAUUCAUAUAAGGUAAAACAUGUUCUUCCAGACAUUCCUUAAUGUACGUAUCAUCAUUAGGGCUACCUGCCUCUAGCAUAACCAGAUCUAUAUGUGCCUCCAAAGAAAUGCGGUUCCAUACAAUUAUACCUCCACUACCAAACUGUAUUCUAGGAGUUAAGCAACAUUGGGUAUAGGGUUCUCGACGCCUUUUCCACACUCUUUGGCAACCAUUAGGUAAGUAUCUCGUAAAACGAGAUUCGUCUGUAAACAGAACGUUUCUCCAAUCGUCCAUAUCUCAAUCUGCAUGUAACGACAGAAUUCCAAGCGUUGUCUCCGAUGAGCUGCAUCAAAUAAAGAACCUGUAGGCAGUGGCGGCUCGUGAUUUUUACAAUAGGGGAGGCUAUACCUAACUGUAAAAUAUCUAGACAAAUUUGCACUAGCAAAAAAAUGCGCCAAAAAAUGUAAUUUAAGGCCCCAUCUUUUGACCAUUUUUUAUUUACAUUUCAUAAUAUCAUCCUAAUUCAUAAUUUCAUGAUAUCAUAUCAUUUUAAAAAUAGUUAGUCUAAUAGUAAAAGUUUAAUACCAAAGUUUGUGUUGUUUAUUUGUUAACAAUUCCAUCUAUUUGUAAAUAGAUACCUAUGCAUAUCAAAAUAAAUACAGAUUUGAAGCUUUGCAGUCCAUACAUAACGAAGCUUCAAAUUUUUUAAGAUACUCAACUGAAUUUUUUUAAUUCUAAACGCGGCCUACUGCGAAUUCAAAAACACGAUAAAUUACCGAUAUUUUGCUUUGAGUUAGAGAUAUCGGAAAAAGUUAUUUGAGCAAGUUGUUCCAAAUAUUAUUAUAACCCCACAUACCAAAUUUCAUAACAAAAUUCGCACGUUUAGAUUUUUCAUUAUUUUUAGUCAGGACCCUAAAAUUCGUUGUCCCGAGACGCACCCAACCACCCAACGGAGCUGAGAAGCUACUCUGACUCCCUUGGUAUAUCUCCGGGCAGCGUGUGAUGGCGCCGUAGAUGCCACUGUUAGGAGACCGGGUCUCCUUAAACGCCUGCUGCGCUGCACGGAGCAUUAGCAACGGAGAAUGCUGGGCUUCUCGGCUCCGUUCAUGCAUCUCGGGAUAACCCAGGGUCCUGCCUACAAUAAUAUGUAAUAAAACUGAGACGCGAUCAUGCGUUCUAAUGCUAAUGCUCCGUACGUAUGGAUAAUUAGUGAUAAUAUGGAAUUUACACGUUGUAUAAUAGUGAGAGUAAUUGUUGUUUUCGCGAUUCAUGAUAAACAAAACAGUAUAGAGUGUGUAAAAAAUUUAUGGGGAGGCUGAGCCUCCCUUGCCUCCUCUGACGAGCCGCCACUGUGUAGCAGGUACUGUGAUGAUAGAUUUUGUUGUCUUAAUGUUCAAUAUACGGUAUCGGUUGAAGAUAUGUUACUACGAACAUCUGCCAGUCUCCUAGUCAAAGCUGUAACAGUAACUUUCAGCUCUAGAAGUACUUGGAGUCUAAGAAACCGAUCCUCCACGGUGUUUUUGACCUUGGUCUUCUUUGUACGGGUCUUCUUGAAUGUGAACCAAUUUCUCGAUAUCUUUUUAAAGCAUCGGAUAUUCGUACUUCUCGAAACGCGAAGCAUAUCUUUGAUAUAUCGAAUGGAACGCCUGUUGUUUGCCCGUGGUUUGUUAUUAAAACUAAAGCUUUUUUGUUAUUAAAAACAAAGUUUUUCUUUCCCAAUAAAGCAGCCACCAUACACCAAAAAGGAAUAUAGUCAAUUUAACAAGCAUUAUUUUAAGUAAAUAUUCGAUUAAUCGAGGGCACCUUAACAAAAACUUUCUUUUCAGUUACAGAAAAUGACAACCUUUUAAUCUGUUUAAACUAAGAAAUGAAUGGCUAAAAACGACUUAUAUUGUGAUAAGUAUAUUUAAUUAUUAUACAGGGUAAUUCCACAAAACUAAAAGGAGAAAACUAUGGAAUUACGCGAGUCCGUUUAUUUAUAGCUACUUUUGCGGGUCAGUGUAGUAUAAGAAAUAUACCCUUAACCAUAAAGUAAUGUUAAAAACGAGGACAAAAACAUCUUUGAAUAAAAAAAGUAUAAAUGGUAUUGAAAUAACCGUAUCUCUUUUUUGAUUUUCUUAAUAUUGUUCAGAGUCCUUUAAAGAUAGUAAAUAAUAUUCGAUAUUCUUAUUAAAAUUACCAAUAUCUAACAUCAACUCCAAAAAAUCAUAGAAAGAAAUAAAUUUUGUAGAAAAAUGGGUGUUCUGUUUUUUCCUAUGAUAUAAAACUUAAUACUACCAAAGUAUUGUUAAUUAUUAGGUAAUUAUUUAUAAUUUUUUGUAUAUAAUCGACUUGUGUCAGUCAAAAGUCCAACUGACAAAUUCUGUAUAGUAGUUCCUCUCUCGUUCUAUUUAAAAUAAGUAUUAGUCCUGUCGCCAGGGGGGGUACAACGGCCUCGUUAAUUCAGAUGGACUUACCCAAAUUUUUUUUAUGUAUUUUGACCCGUAGAACACGAAUUUUUUGGGUAACAGUUGAUCCGGAUGUCGAUAAGAUUGUUAUAGACCAAGAACUUGAGG